UGUCUUGACUACAGCAGUGGAGCCCUGACUGGCGACCUCUGUGAAGACCUGUGUGUGGCACAGAAGCUGGUGUACAAGCACUGCCUUUACUAUGACAGAGGUAAGAAGGUCAUCCAGGCUGACUGGAGAGGUCAGCCCAUCAUCCUGAAAUCCAAGAAGGAAAUCUUCUCCAGCUACCAGCAUCUCAGUAUGCUAGAGGAGGUGGAAACACAGGAUAUUCCUGAAACAGAGCUGCUGCUCAUGAUAGCCUUGGAGGUCAAAAAUGUCUUGGGGCUAGAACUGUCUAACAGCACCAUGGGGCCCCUGUGGACAAGGAAGAAGGGGCCACAUUGGAAAGCACAGGUGGCUAGCAUGUGGUCCUUGCUCCAGCAGGAAGAAUAUAUCUACUUCAGUUUGCUGCAGGACUUCAGCAAACAUGUGUUACGGAUUAUUGGCUCUUGUGGACACUUUUAUGCUGUGGAGUAUCUCACAGCUGGACAUGGCUGGCACAAAACUCUUUUUCCCUUGGAAAACAUGAUUGGUUCCUCCCUUGCUGGCCACAGAAGCAGAGUGAGAGCCAUCAUUGACAUUGCACUCAGCUUUCUGGACAUGGUGCAGCAUUUUGAUAAUGAUUUCUCUCACCGACUUCACCUGUGUGACAUCAAACCAGAAAACUUUGCUAUCAGGCAUGAUCUCACGGUGGUGGCCAUUGAUGUAGAUAUGGCCUUUUUUGAACCCAAAAUGAGGGACAUCCUCGAACAGAACUGCACAGGAGACGAAGACUGUAAUUUUUUUGAUUGCUUUUCAAAAUGCAAUCUGAAAAUCAGAAAAUGUGGAGCACAGAGAGCCAAUAACAACUUGCAAGUAAUUUGUGACAAAAUAUUCCGUCGCUGGUUUUCCCCAAAUCUCAGAGGACCAUUGGUUUCCUUCCCCCUGCAGCUGCAGCUGCAGAAGGCCGUGCAGGAAUGUGCUGAACCAGGGUAUGAGGAUGCUGCCAGGCACCAGAGGACUCUGAAAUCUCUCUCCAAGUUGUAUCACCUCCUUCGGGUCACCCAGCAAGAACUGCAAAGGGCAGAGUAGGCACAAAAGGCAGAACUGCAAGGGCCACAUCCCAGGCACUCUAAGGGACUCUGUGUGUGAGGCAGCCUGGGUUUUCUUUUUCUCUCUCUCUCUUCCAUUCCUCCUACCCAUUGUAUUACAUUCACAGCAGAGAGAUUGUUUUUCUCCUAUGCAAAUGAAAUUCAUGGCUGCAGGUGCAGCUCGUCCUUUUAAUAUCCUUUGAAGUGUGA